CUCUUCCUCCCACACUCAACACACUCUUGCUCAAAGCAAGAACAAUAUAUACUUUCUUGUUUUUUCCUUUCUUCUUCUGUCUUUAGAAAUCGAAUACAAACAUAGCUUUAGUUUGGUGAAGAGAAGUUAUAAUAAAAAGAAAAGGAAGGAACCAUGGAAGGAGGCAUACCAGAAGCUGAUAUGUCUGCUUUCAGAGAAUGUUUGGCACUUUCUUGGAAGAAUCCAUAUGUUCUUCGUCUUGCUUUCUCUGCUGGGAUUGGUGGCCUUCUCUUUGGCUACGACACAGGAGUUAUAUCUGGGGCUCUUCUAUAUAUCAGAGAUGACUUCAAAGCGGUAGACAAAAAGACUUGGCUUCAGGAAGCCAUAGUAAGUACGGCACUAGCUGGAGCUAUCAUAGGAGCUGCAGUUGGUGGAUGGAUCAAUGAUCGAUUUGGAAGGAGAAUAGCAAUCAUUCUUGCAGAUGCACUCUUUCUGACAGGUGCAAUCAUCAUGGCUGCAGCAACAAAUCCUGCUAUUCUCAUUGUUGGUCGAGUUUUCGUUGGACUCGGCGUUGGCAUGGCUUCGAUGGCAUCCCCAUUGUACAUCUCAGAAGCUUCUCCGACCAGAGUUCGCGGUGCUCUUGUUAGUCUCAACAGUUUUCUCAUCACCGGGGGGCAAUUCCUCUCGUACCUCAUCAACUUGGCCUUCACUAAGGCACCAGGGACAUGGAGGUGGAUGUUAGGGGUAGCAGCAGUACCUGCAAUAGUGCAGAUCAUACUAAUGUUUUCGCUUCCAGAAUCGCCUCGUUGGCUGUACCGGAAGGGUAGGUAUGAGGAAGGGCAGGCAAUUCUUAAGAAAAUCUACCCACCCGAGGACGUGGAAGGCGAAAUCCAAGCUUUGAAGGAAUCAGUUGACUUGGAGAUCAAGGAAUCCGAGUCGUCAGAGAAAAUCAACAUGAUGAAACUCUUGAAAACCACAGCUGUAAGAAGAGGUUUAUAUGCAGGAAUGGGCCUCCAAAUCUUCCAGCAAUUUGUUGGUAUCAACACUGUGAUGUACUACAGUCCCACCAUUGUUCAGUUGGCUGGUUUUGCAUCUAACAGAACAGCACUACUUCUGUCACUCAUCACAUCUGGCCUCAAUGCAUUUGGUUCAAUUCUGAGCAUAUAUUUCAUUGAUAAGACCGGUAGGAAGAAGCUUGCUCUCAUCAGUUUGUCCGGCGUCGUGGUGGCUCUGGCUCUCCUAACUGUCACUUUCCGUGAGAGUGAGAUUCACUCUCCAAUGGUCAGUGCCAUUGAAACAUCUCAUUUCAAUACCACCUGCCCUGACUUCACAUCAGCCGUAGACCCUGGUAGAUGGACUUGUAUGACAUGCUUAAAGGCUUCAUCACCAUCUUGCGGCUUUUGCGCUGCUCCUAAUGACAAGCUCUUACCUGGGGCAUGUUUGAUCUCCAAUGACACAUCAAAGGACAUAUGUGGCAAUGAUCACAGGUCAUGGUACACAAGGGGAUGCCCAAGCAAAUUCGGUUGGGCAGCACUUAUAGGCCUUGCACUCUACAUCAUAUUCUUCUCACCAGGAAUGGGAACUGUUCCAUGGGUUGUGAACUCUGAGAUCUACCCUUUAAGGUACAGAGGAGUCUGUGGAGGAAUGGCAUCCACAACAGUUUGGGUGUCAAAUCUCAUUGUUUCACAGUCAUUUUUAUCACUUACACAAGCUAUUGGGACAGCAUGGACAUUCAUGAUGUUUGGGAUUGUAGCUAUUGUGGGCAUUUUCUUUGUCAUCAUUUUUGUCCCAGAGACUAAAGGAGUUCCAAUGGAGGAAGUAGAGAAGAUGCUGGAACAAAGAUCUGUGCAGUUCAAGUUUUGGCAAAAGAGGAAUUCAGUAUCUGAAAAAUACUGAUUCAAGGGGAAAGAAGGAAACAAAAAUUCGUGUGUUUGUGAACUGUUAGUGAUACAGGCUUGUAAAAGUAGAUUGGGUACUAUGGUUUCUAUUUGGGUUAUUAAGCAAUAGUUAGCAUUUUAGUUUAGAUGCUUAGUUGAUUAUUAUUAGUUGGUUACUGAUGGGAAUCCUUUUUACCAAAUCCACACGAGAUGGAAAAAAGAAAGGAUUGAUAAUACUAUUUAAUUGGUAAUCAAUAAGAAAAUUAUGUUAAGUGA